UUUUCCAUGCGGACACAAUAUGAGUUGAGUUGAUGUUCUUCUGUAUCCAACGACAGUUUGUUCAGACUAAAUGGCAUGAUCAUCAACGGUCUGUAGAUUCGUCAUCCUCAGCAGAGUAUCACUAAUAGUGUCGGACGUCAUGGUCCUAGUACUCACCUGGUGGCAAUUAUACGGGGCUCUACGAAUAUCAAGGCAGGGACAUAGUCGUUCCGCUCUAGCCAUUCUCUUACUGAGGGACAAUACCUCGUAUUUUGUGUUGUUUCUUCUGAUUAAUGUCAUUCAAAUGAUUACAUCAUUCGUACUCGAUAACGAUUUCAAUCCCAUCCCCACAUUCAUGUUCCCGUUGGUUCAUUCGGACUCCCGAAAGUGUGUCGACUCACAGAUGUCCAACAGUUUCACCUGCAUCGUGAUCUCCAGGCUGAUUCUCAAUCUGCGUCGCCUUUCUUCCGCUAUGCGCUCACCCAUGCACGCUCGAAGUGACAUCACCUCUCCGAGGUCGACAGUCCCCAGUUCCUUUCAUUCUUCACUCCUAUCAACCGUCAUGUUCGGCCCGAAUUCCCAGGGUAGCCAAGGCGGCCGAAUACCGCCAGUCCCGCC